AUGGUUAUCGACCCCACACUAGCAAGCGCCGAUGAACAGCUUUGGCAGCGGAAAUUGUUGGCAUCGACGGCAGCACGAGAUGUUGAAUGCGGCUUGAAGCAUGAUGGAAAUGCCGGCGACCUCGAGUUCACCACCGCCCUCUUCACCCUCCUUUCCGCGUCUGCGGCCAUCGCCGCCGCUAUCGACACCAACGAGUCUGGUCUUGAGGUUCUUGGCGAGCGAUCGUUCGAGCGCAAGGCUCGCCACGUCGAGGCUGCCGCCCGCUCUGUCGGAGGCGAGCUCGAGGAGCGCGACUGGGUUGCCAAGAACGGCAAGGUCACCUGGUACGGCGGUAACCAGCUGAACAACCCCGCCUGCGGCGGUCCUACCCCCAACGACAACUCGGCAAUCGUCGCUGUCAAGGCGAACGGUGGUUACGGCAAGUGCGGCGAGUGGGUCCACCUGCACUACAACGGCAAGAUGGUGGCGGCAAAGAUCGUCGACUACUGCGCUUCGUGCGAGUGGGGACAUUUCGAUGCAUCCCGCGGGGUCUUCAAGCAGCUUGCACCUCUCGAUCAAGGCGUUCUCACUGGCGUCCACUUCAAGCUGAUCACCAACAACUAA